UUUCUCAUGUUCCUGUGCGUCAAACGAUCACAACUUCAUACAGUUGAACAACAUGUCGGCGGUUGUAUCCAAUUCAAUUAUUUCUGUCGCGUAGGGUGUUUCUAAAAUACCGCAAAACCUGUUUAAUUAAUGUAGAUUUGCAAAUUAUGACAGAUAAAUUCAACAAAGUAAGUACAUCAAGAGACAACUAUCGAACGAGGUCUGAACAGGAACAUCUACAGCAUAUACCACAGCAAAAGCUUAGGGCAUUUUCUAUUGGUGCAAUGGGUAAAAGAAACAUGUCUAAAAGGGAGCUUGAAGAGCAAAGGAAGAAGGAGGAGGAUAGAGCUGCUGCAGAUGCUUUCAAGGAGUUUGUGGAAACAUUCCAAGAGACUCCAAUCAAUGGGGGCAGCAAAGUGUGGGUCAAAGCAGGAACAUAUGAUGCUGGAGCAAGAAGAGAGGAUACUAGAGAGAAGGGCAAACUGUAUAAACCACAAUCAAGGCUUGUCAAUCAUCAUGAUUUUAAUUCUGCAGAACAGGCCCAGGCUUAUGCAAAGCUCUUGGCUAUUGAUAGGAAGCCUGAGAGACUAGGCAAGAGGAAACAGAAUAGCAAAAGCAAUUUAGAGUCAUUCAAAGAAGAGCUGAGACAGAUCCAAGAAGAACGCGAAGAGAGGCAUAAAUACAAAGGGAUUUUGAAGAGCACCAUUGAAAGUGACAUGGAUAUAUUUUUAAAAGCUGGUGAAAUGGGUUCUUUUGAUAAUGGGGAUCCAACAACUACAAAUCUGUACUUAGGCAAUCUCAAUCCAAAGAAAUGCUUUCAGAUCACCGAGCAGCAAUUGAUGGAAAUAUUUGGAAGAUAUGGACCUUUAGCUAGUAUUAAAAUAAUGUGGCCGAGAUCGGACGAAGAGAAAUCUAGGGGACGAAAUUGCGGAUUUGUUGCAUACAUGAGUAGGAGGGACGGCGAGAGGGCACUCAGGAAUCUGAACGGAAAGGACGUGUUAGGUUACGAGAUGAAAUUAGGAUGGGGAAAGUCUGUAGUUAUUCCGCCGCAUCCAAUAUACAUACCACCGAGUUUAUUAGAAUUGUCUUUUCCGCCACCACCAUCAGGAUUACCAUUUAAUGCUCAGCCUUUGCCCAAGGACAAGGAUGUCCUUCCCAAAUCGCUGGAGGAGCUUAAUGGGGUUAGCAUUUUGAGAUGCGCUCUCGUCAAAGUCGUGAUUCCUACAGAUAGAACGCUUCUAAUGCUUAUCCAUAGGAUGGUUGAGUUUGUUGUUAGGGAAGGUCCUAUGUUCGAAGCAAUGAUUAUGAAUAGAGAACUUCACAAUCCGUUGUUUAGAUUUUUAUUCGAAAAUCAAAGUCCCGCCCAUAUUUAUUAUAGAUGGAAAAUAUUUUCCAUCAUGCAUGGAGAUUCACAGAAGGAAUGGACCACAAGGGAAUUCCGUAUGUUUAAAGAUGGUUCUCCAUGGAAACCACCCGUAAUGAACAAUUACACAGCAGGAAUGCCGGAGGAGUUAAUCGUCGAUGAAGAAGAUAGAUCCUCAGCUAAAGGAACUUUAUCAAACACUCAGAGAGACAGAUUGGAAGAUUUAAUAAGAAAUUUAUCACCAGAACGUAGGAAAAUUGGGGAGGUUAUGGUAUUCUGUAUAGAGCAUAGCGAGGCGGCCGAGGAAAUCGCUGACUGCGUAACAGAAUCGUUGUCCAAUCUCUCCACAGUUAUUACUAAGAAAAUCGCAAGGCUUUAUUUAAUUAAUGAUAUACUGCAUAAUUGUGCUGUUAAAGUUACUAGAGCUUCGUCAUAUCGUAGAGCAUUCGAAAGUAGAUUAUUGGAAAUCCUGAAGCAUAUUAAGCGAACGUACGAUAGGUUAGAUGGGAGAUUGAAGGCUGACGGGUUCAGGAUGAGAGUGAUGAGGGUCUUGAAAGCAUGGGAGGAUUUGAUUUAUCCAAAGGUGUUUAUGGAUAAACUUGUGAAUGUUUUCCUGGGAUUGGAAGGUGAUGUAACGAUUGAUGAUCGAAUGAAUGAUGUGGAUGGUUGUCCAGUUGAUGGUGAGACAGACGAGGAUGUUCCGAUGGAUGGAGCUGCACUCCUGAAGAGUGCAUUGAAGCAGCAGAUGAGGAGUCCGUCGCCGAUACCGUCAGACUACGAUGGCGUCGUCAUUGAUGAUUCCAUGGAUAAAAGCUCUGACACCUUGUCCGGAUUUAUAAGUUCGAAGUGGGAGACAGUGGAUCCGGAGCAGGUGGCCGCACAGGCCAUAACAACCAGCAAAUGGGAUAUGGUGGAAAACAGUGGUGAUAACAGCGGAGACAGCAGUCAAGCAGACAAGGAAGAUUCUAUGGACUUUUUAGAUAGCAGAACUAUGACUGAAGAGAGACGCACAAAAUUAAGAGAAAUUGAAGUGAAAGCUAUGCAAUAUCAGGACGAAUUAGAAUCCGGAUCGAGGAGCAUUAAAAGUGGUUGGACUGUUUCUCAACAAGUGGAACAUUACAGACGGAAGUUACUCCGGAAAUCCGAGAAGGAACGGAAGGACAAGGAUAAAGAGGCCAAAUCCUCCAAACAUAAAAGAAACUACGAGAGUGACAAGGCCAGCAGUUCUGAUGAAGAAUAUUAUAAGGAAGUUACCUCUAGAAAACAUAAAAAGCAUGCAAGAAGUUCGUCAAGUGGGUCUACAUCGAGAUACAGGUCAAAAAGUCGCUCACCGCCACGCAAGAAAAGCUCACGUGCCCCAAGCCCGCCUAGUCCUCCUAGGAUAAGGAGACGUUCACCCUCAUCCUCACGUUCCUCUCGCUAUGUCAGAAGUCCGUCUCCUGGCAAUGGCAAAUAUGUUUCCAAAUCUAGCAAUCGCUAUUCCCCAUAUUCGAAAUACGAACGCAGAACGCCCUCUCCAAAAUCCCCGUACACCUCGACGAGGUCACGCAAUAGAUCCCCCGACUCCAAAAAGCAUAGACACAAACAUAAAUAUUGAUAUACGGUUAUGCCAGGUCCUUGCUGUUGUUUUUCCGUUCUGUUGUUUUAUUCACUUUGUCUUAUAUUGUAUCUUAUAUUAAUAUUAAUAAUUUACAUUGCAAGAACGUGAUCCACUUUCUAUAUAUAAUUAUAUCUAAUUCUAAUAAUAAUCCCCAAACGAUUUCAGGUUAGCGGAAAAAAUGAAACUAGUUAAUACGAAGCUACAUAAUGAAAGUAAUACCGGAAUGUCAAAAUUCGAAAUUGUACAGUAGUUUUAUGUAAAUAU